AGUCUGAGUCUGAAGUCAUUCCAUUCAUUCAUGUCAGAUUACUUUAUGUGUGUGGUGUGUGUGUUGAAAGUUCUGAAAAAUAUUUUAAAUUAUUGGACGUAGUUUGAAUGGAAAUUAAUAUUUGUUAUAAUAGAAAGGUGGAGAUUUAACGUUGGUACUUUUCAUAAUUGGUGACAAUUAAGUCGUUACUUGCUAAAAUUAUGCCUCUGACGAAGCGGAAACUCAACUCGGAGAAGGAGGAAUUAUUAGAAAACGGAGAGCCCGGUGGACAUGUACAAAGCAACAUCAAAGGAGAUGAGUUGAAUAUUGCUGUUCUUCUAUUUCUGUACACUCUCCAAGGAAUUCCUCUUGGCCUGGCCGGAGCUAUACCCAUGCUCCUGCAAAACCGGGGCAUAACCUAUACACAACAGGCCGAAUUCAGUUUUGUAAACUGGCCAUUCAGCGUGAAGCUUUUAUGGGCACCAAUAGUAGAUGCUAUUUUCUGGCCAGAGUUUGGACGAAGGAAGACAUGGCUGGUGCCAGUGCAAUACUUGAUUGGCAUUGUAAUGAUCAUGAUGUCUAGCAGUGUGAUGGACUGGCUGGGGUCAGACACUGAGGCUCCCUCCAUGAUGAUUCUCACUAUAUCAUUCCUAUUCCUCAACUUCUUGGCUGCCACUCAAGAUAUUGCUGUUGAUGGAUGGGCUCUUACCAUGUUAAAAAGAUGUAAUGUUGGUCAUGCGUCAACUUGCAACACAGUGGGACAAACAGCUGGCUUUUUCCUGGGCUAUGUCUUGUUCCUGGCGCUAGAAUCUCCAUACUUCUGCAACAAAUAUCUACGAACAGAGCCACAAGACACUGGACUAGUUACCCUAGCCAGUUUCUUACUAUUUUGGGGAUGGAUAUUCAUUGUAACUACCACACUGGUUGCAAUAUUCAAGCAAGAAAAAAAUGAGAUUGUGAACAAGAAAGAGGAGCAACCAAAAGGCAUGAGUGAUAUUGUAAAUGCUUACAAACAGUUGUAUACUAUUGUGAAGCUUCCAGCAGUAAGGACUUUAGCAUUGGUUUUAUUUACAGCUAAGCUCGGUUUCAGUGCAAGUGAUGCUGUAUCAGGGUUGAAGCUGGUAGAGGCAGGAGUGCCCCGCGAAGACUUGGCAUUGCUGGCUGUUCCUUUAGUCCCAGUACAAAUCAUUAUGCCUAUUAUCCUAGCUAAACACACAACUGGUCCGGCGCCACUGUCGCUAUGGCUGCGCGCGUUCCCGCUGCGGUUGCUCGUGGGACCAAUUGUUGCAGGCUUGGUGGCACUCACACCGAGGCUCUUAGGAAAUGCUCCACCAUCCUACACAUAUCUAAUGCUCUUGAUGACCCUUUAUGUUUUCCAUCAGACGUGUCUGUACUGUAUGUUCGUGGCUGUGAUGGCGUUCUUCGCUAAAGUAUCGGAUCCGGCAGUAGGAGGCACGUAUAUGACCCUACUGAACACUGUCUCCAACCUGGGUACUAAUUGGCCGAACACUCUCGCCUUGUGGGCUAUUGAUCACCUCACGUACAAACAGUGUUCCGCACGAGAUGACAAUACAUGUUCGUCUAACUUGGAAGUCCACCUAUGUAAGACCGAAGGAGGAACGUGUGACACUGUGGUCGACGGGUACUACAUAGAGACAGUGAUAUGCCUGGUUGUUGGGUUCCUGUGGUUGCAGUGGGGGCGGCCCACCAUCAACCGCCUGCAGAGGCUACCAGCGUCCGCCUGGCAGAUCAACCACCUCAACAGAUAAGACUGACCCACACUUAUUCAUGUCUAGGUUAUUAAAAAGGCGUAAUUUAUCGGCACCCGGUGCUUCUUUUCGAGGUGAAAACUAAAAUAUGUUCAAAAUUUACAGAGUGCUUUAUUGUUUAAAACAAAUAAUUCGUUUCUUUUAGAACUUUUACAGAAAUAUCGCCGUAUUAAUAUUUAAAUAAUAUUUGUACGAGUUGAUUGUAUAUUUUAUUAUAUUCGCACAUUCAACAAGCAUAAUAGGAUAAUUGGUGAUAAAAUCAUCUAUUCUUUAUUUAUUUAAGUAUUAAUAUUUCAUUUGCCAAAAUAACUCGCACCUUUUUAUAAAACGUUUUAGUUUAACCUCUAUGAUGACAAGUUAUUACUAAGUAGGCAAAAUAUCAUAGAAAAUGUCUUUACCUUCCUGUAACUAUAACUAUACAUGAUAUUUGAAAGAUUCAAUCUAUGUGUUAUAUACCAUUCCGGUAUUUUAUAUUAUAAUCUGUAAUUAAUGUGUCUCACGCCAAGAAUAGACCCCUCUAUGUCUAUACAGGGUGUUAGUGACAUCGUAACGAAUACUCAGAGGGAUGAUUCAGACCAUGAUUCUGAGUUAAUAUCAAGUGGAAUUUUCCGUCGCAAAAUUCAUGUUAUUUUUUUAGUUUUUUCAAAUUAUUUUCAAUUCUAUACUUUUGCGAUGGAAAAUUCCACCUGAUAUUAACUCAGAAUAAUCAGCUGAAUCAUCCCUCUCAGUAUUCGUUACGAUGUCACUUACACCCCAUACAAGUACAUACAGUAGCCAUACAAGUAAGUAUGGGUGUUAGUGACACUGUAACGAAUACUGAAGGGGAUGAUUCAGACCAUGAUUCUGAAUCGAUAUCAAGUGGAAUUUGCUGUCAGAGAAUUCAUGAAAAUUUUAGAGCUUAUUUAAAUUAUUUUCCGUUCCAUACUAUUGCGACGGAAAAUUCCACUUGAUAUCAACUCAGAAUUAUGGCCUGAAUCAUCCCUCAAAGUUUUCGUUACGAUGUCACUAACACCCUGUAUAUAUAAGUAAAAGUUGUGCCCCUCAAAUAUAUUGAAAUAUUCGAAUAAAAAUGACAGAUUACAUUCCCAAAUAAAAGAUUAUGGGCUGUUAGGGAAUUUCUUCAUUGACUCUCUUAAACAUUAAUUAUUGCUUAAAAUGGUUCAUACAGGGGUGUAAUACUUCAUGAGUCAAUUAUAAGAGGGUGCCGUUUGGCGUCAGGACCCUUGUAUAUUAAAACCAAAAGAUGUCAUGACUAAUUACUAUGCAAUAGAAUCCCUGGUGAACAUGUGACAAUAAUUUUAAGCAUUUAAAAACUCAGUAUUUUAACUGGCCCUAAAGCGAAAGUAAUAAAAGUUUAUAUAUAUUUGAAUGAUUCUAAAAAUUUAGAAACUUUUUUAAGCUUUAGGGUCACUUAAAUUGAGCAAGAUGUGUUCUUUUGAUAGAUACAUUUUAUAUACCUACACCUUAUAUAUUUACUAUGACUACACGCCCCAACUUCACUCGUAAACAAUACAAAAAACUAGAAUUUAUUUAAGUAAUACCUACUAAGUAAAGUAUUGUGAUAAUUUAUUUUCAGUAAUAUUGUUUUUAAGACAGAUAAUUGUCCAUAUUUUUAUUAGUUAAAGUAUACUCGUACAAAACCCCACCCUAUUUUACGGGUAUUUAUUUAUCGUUAAAGGAUUUGAAUACAGGGAAUGAAACACCGUUUAUGCAUUCAUCAUAUUAUUAUGUCAUUAUGUACAUAUAACAUUUAAUAAAAUGUACAGGUCUAUAACAAUACUAAAUUUGAUUUUAUAAACAAUGGUAAUAUUGACACAAUAAAUAUUUAUACAUAAAAUCACAAACAUUCAAUUUUAAUAAUCUAUAUUAUAUAACAGAGUUCUUUUCAAUAAGUGAUCUGAACUGAAAUUAAGGAUGUACUCAUUAACUCAUCAUAAUUUCGAUUAAAUAUAAUAAUUAUUUUAUAUCCUAAAAAUAAUGAAUGAAUGACAGGAUCCGUUUGUAAAAAGCAAACGCUCGCAAUAUUAUCUAAUACCACACAUUUGGCUAAAUCAAACUCGUUUUAUAUUUCAUGAUACUUGUAUUCACUCACCUAUUGAAAAGAAGCCCUGACUAUCGUCUUAAAUUGUGUCAAAACAUGUGAUAGCAAUGAUCUUUAAACUAAAUCCAUUUGCUCAAACAAUCAUAAUCCGUAUUUAACACGCUAUGCGAAAAAUAAUAUCUUUGGAAGAACUUUGGUAAAAUAUAAGAAGUCUAUUAUAAUUUGUGCACACAUAAAAUAGUAUCAAGCAACUUUUCCGUAGGUACACUUUACAGUAUUCUGUAAAAUAUCUACAAUAAAAUAUGCUAAUUAUUUUGACGUUUCUAUAUUAUAGCCGUACAGUUGCUAUCUUAUAAUAACUUCUAUUGUUGUUUUUUGUUAGUUUGGUUGGUAUGAGAUUACAUAAUACAUUUUAUAAAGAGUAGGUAGUUGUUAUUUUGAGCCUAUCUUGAAGUUUGUGUUCAAGAGUUCAUAUUAUGUUAAAUUGUAAUUGACCCUGUAUUGGUACUUUGACAUCCUAAAUAAAGUUAUUUGAUGUUA